AAUUUGUCAGUCACAUGUUCAGUUGAAUUGAAUUGACUAGGUGUUGUGUAUUGUAACCUACAGCAACAGGUGGUGCGCAAUGUAGGAAAUGCUGAGGAAGGAAAUUGAUGCGCUCUAUGCGUGGGACAUGUGUGUCGUUUUUAGACGCAACUGAACUGGCCGUUCCCAGUGUGCGAUCUGUGGUUUCUUGAACAUCUUGUGGAGUUGUAACAGUUAUGUCAGUUUCUUCUUCGGUACAAAUCCGCUUAAACGCAGUGGGUUUGGUACUUCUUGCGUGCAAUGUGGUGUGCAUUGCCUGGUUUUUGCUGUCAAAGGAAUCCCUGAACGGGCGUGACCCUGGAAACUCAUCCUCUAAAGCACAUUGGUUCCUUAAAGUAUCCAGAGACGACAGCCACACUGAAGUGUUAGGCCCAGUGAGAUGGGAGCAGGAGCACAACCCCAGGGGCAUGUCCUUGGACCCGAGCAAGACUCGGAUCGCCGUGGACGACGACGGAAUUUAUGUAGUGUUCGUGCAGGCCGUCUUCAUUCUGAGGAGCGGGAGCACGGACACUGGACAGACGGACAAAAGAGUCCGCCUACGGCUCCAGCUCAACACCAAUGGCACUGAUGGGAUCCCCGAGGACCAGUUGGUUGCAGCCUGGGACGAACGAGAGGUUAAGGACGUUCACGACGAGCAGAUAGUGCAUCUGAGUUUCAUGGUGCUGCUGGAGCUGAAGAAAAGCCAGUACAUACGCGUCAUGGCCAAGCACCGGGACAAGCUGGACUACAACACACCACUCUCCACGUUCCUAACCAUCGUCAAGCAUUCCGAUUUGCAGGACUAAAGCGUGCUCUGAAUGUGUUGCCUGUUUUGACAGAAGUCCUUUUUCUCAAUCGCCAUCUGUCCAUUUUGACCCUAACCAACCUGCUCACAGGGUAAGGGUCAACCAGCUUCCAGCGCACUAUCAGCACUAUCCUACCUUAGCAUCAAUGGGCAGAUUUGCUUACGUUGCCCCCUCUUGUGCAGUGAACCAUUAGUUAUCUGUGGUUGAAAGUUCCUAGAAAUGCUUUGGGUGUCUUUUUUUUUUUGCGACUCCCGCUCAGUGGCUGUGUCGCAUGGGCCAGAGUGUGGAAAAUUCUCCACUUGCAUGGUUGCGACCGUAUUGCAUAACAGCUGCGAGUUUACUGUUCACAGAAUGCCCGUAGAAAACAUCAGCGCCAACAUCAGGAACUGCCACAUGCCUUUGUUCUCGUCACUGCACACUUUACAGCACUGGCCCUUUAGCCAAUCCUCUUCUGUUAUCGGGUACGAUGGAAGGUUUAGUGUCCUGAAUUAUUAAUAUGCAUUGUCAGUCUAGCGAUGAUUAGCUCUACUUAUUAUUUUUAUGGCACUUCCUGGUAUUUUAACACACAUUUAUAGCAAUAACAUUAAAUUCUCACACUUUAUCUUUCAGUCUUCAUUCUUUUUUGUAUUAUGGUUCAUUCAGAUUUAAACAAGCUAUGUUGAGGGGAAUCUUCAAACUAAAUAUAUGUACAGAAGUUUAUGUAUAUGAACAUAUUGUAAGUUGUGUUUUUGUAAUUUAUCUGGACAUAUUUUUUGGCCUUUUGUUCUUGGUGUCUGUUCUGUGCUAUCACACUGCUGGUAAAGAAAGCCUUGUUCUAUGUGUUUCUGAAUCAUGUAAGCCAGUAACUGGUACACAUAACAUUUAAAUGUUGCUCUGAAAGCAACCAAUCGUAUGUAUGCUAACUGAAGUGGGCCAUUUCAAAAUCAGCAGGUAGAUGAGGGUAAUUUGUGAAAAAGCGACCCUCUUGAAUUCAAUUUUUGUAAAUUUAGUUGAACAAAAAAUACACAGUAUUUAACUUUCUGGGGAUGAGUUCUUGAUCGUGCUGACAAAAAUCUGUCAAACAUCUGGGCACUUUCCUCUCAGCUAAGGAAAUAAUUGCCACAAAGCUUCCACUGGUCGUUAAUUGUGUGUAACAUGUUUCACAUCAGGUUUAAUAUCUGAAUAUAUGAUGCCUGUAACACAUAGCAUACAUUAUUAUGGCAAAGGAGUGAAAGUGUGAACUCUCUUGUGUGAGAAAAUCUCUUGUAAUGAAGUCAUGUUUUGUCUGGAUUUAGUUUCAGUGACUCACAACUUGCCACACUCUUCACUUGGACCAGAUAUCUGUGUACUGUAUUCUGCAGGCAACAUAGUUUGUUGAAUGUAUUUCUAUUACCAAGAACCACUGCUAUGGUAAUAUGUUUGUAAUUAUCUAUUUAUAUCUAAAUUAAAAAGCUGUAAUAAGUUUACUAACUGUAAUAAUCUAUUGUCAUGCUGAUUCAGUGCAGUAUUUAUGUAUUUAUGCUCCAAUAAAAUAUUAACAAUAUAGCCCUUUUGUGCCA